ACGAGCCAAAUUUUUCUGUUUUUUUCUUAAAAAACCCCAAAAUAAAUGAAUUAACUUGUAUCAGUGUAAUUAUAAAAUAAAUAAUCAUGGACAAAAAUACAUUAUGUAGUGGUUGCUUAUGCGCUGGCCGUAGAAUGGUGGCAAUCGAAGAAUUUUGGGAGAGGCAAACUUUUAUACAAAUUGUUAACGAAAUUCCGAUGCCGUUACCUGCAGAAGACUUCAGGCUGUGUUGGGAGUGCACCGCCAUGCUCAGUCGGUUUACACGGUUCAAGAACCAAAUCAAGCAGUGCUAUAAACUGCUUAACGAUUAUGUUGCACUGAAUCUAAGUACAACAGAAUUACAGAUAUCUCCUAGACUAGCCGUACAGAAAGAGAUAGAAAUCUCAAUCAACACGAAUACAGCAUUAGAAUACACCGAAGAAAACGUCAAAAUCGAAGAUGAAGAUGAAGAAGUAGAUGAAACUCCAAUAAAAGAAGAAGACAACGUAUCUACAUAUUCUGAUAUUAUUGAAGACGAUAUACCAUUAGUAGAAAACGAUAUACCAUUAGUAGAAAACGAUACACCAUCAAAGGUAAAGACCAAGAAGAAAAAGGUAGGAAAAGAAAAGAAGAAACGUAGGAAAAAAGACGAAAAUGUGGAAUUGAUAAAAGAAAUUAAAUUGAGCGCAGAAGAAUUGGCAGAAGAGAGACGAAUGUUGGCAAGUAGAGAGGAAUAUGUGAACGCUAUGUUUCGCUGUGAGAGAUGCAUUAUUUCCUUCCCUAACGCAGAUGAUUUAAAUGACCAUAUCAGCAUAAAACAUGAUAAAAACAAAUCAAACUUCAAAUGCAACAUAUGCGAGUGCACCUUCACCAGAGAAGUGUCGUCCAACUACCACUCCAACAAGCAUACACGUCGGUACGAGUGCUUGGUUUGUGGAGAGAGACUGAGGAGCGUGGCGGCGGCUACCAGACAUUAUCAGAGCACACACUGUCAUAGUUCAGAACCAGAGCCAAAUACGGAAGUGAUAAACAAAAAUAUUGAAGCUAACGAGACUCAGGAAUCAAACGAAAGUGUAAAGCAAGAAUCCUUUCCUUGUGAGUUCUGUGACAAGACGUUUAAAUGGAAGACUUCACUUAGGAAGCACGUGGAGACACACAGGAUCGAAACUGGGCAGAAGAGGCGGCCUUACUGCGAGCCUUGCAGACUAUCAUUUACCACCACUUCCAACCUUCAGAAGCACGUUAAAGCAAGUUUGAAGCAUCAAAUACAACUGAAACUUUGGAAACUAAAAGAAUCUCUCCCAACCGACUCUACGCCCCCAGAGAAGCAGCAAGCCCAUAUAGAGAAAAUCAAGGGCGCCGUGAACAGUUCGCGGCCGAGGUUUUCCUGCGCGCAGUGCGGGAAGACCUUCCAAUGGCGGGGGAACCUCUCGCGACAUAUGCACAGCCACGCUGUCAGAGCCAAGGGUGAGCUGGUUUGCGAGCCGUGCAAUCGUACCUUCUCUUCCAUAGCGACUUACAAGCAGCACAUGAAGAUUAGCAAGAAACACGUCUCCGAAAACGACUUCAAGUACAUGUGCAGCGAUUGCGGCAAACGGUUCGCCAACAAAACCCGGUUAAAAGACCACGUGAACUGGGAACACCUUAAAAACUUUGUGCACACCUGCGAUGUCUGCCAGAAGGUGUUCAAGAGCCACACGGCACUGUACAUCCACAAGCAAGUGCACAACAAAGACAGUACAGACCACCUUUGCGACCACUGUGGGAAGCAUUUUGCGAACCUCGCCAGGCUCCGCUGUCACAUCGUCGCAUUACACACUUCCACAGCGCCCUACAAGUGUUCAGUGUGCUGUGCAAAGUUCAGCUGGCACUCGUGUCUCUCGCGGCACGCACGCCGGGUGCAUCGGAGGCCACCACGUGACACAACUGUGGCCCCCACGUGACGCAUUAGUGGCCCCCGUGUGACCCACCAGUGGCCCCCAUGUGACACAACUGUGGCCCCCACGUGACGCACCCGUGACAUACUAGUGACCCCCACGUGACGCACCACUGACGACACCCGAGUGACUAAUCAGUGGCCCCCACGUGACCCCAUUGGCCCUCAUGUGGCACACCGCUGGCCCCCAUAAGACGCUAGAUAAUGGCCCUCGUGGCAAUCAGUAGGUAGGGGCCCCCAUGUGAAUUAGUAACCAAAGGCUUCAACAUGACAGUAACUAGUGGCCCCCCAUGUGACCUACAGUUUCCCCCACGUGUCAUACAGCAACUAGUAGUCCCUCUAUCUAUCUAAUCUGUUCCAAGUCUCAGCCACAUCGUCGCACUACACAGUUCCACAGCGCCCUACAAGUGUUCAGUGUGCUGUGCAAAGUUCAGCUGGCACUCGUGUCUCUCGCGGCACGCACGCUGGGUGCAUCGGGGGCCCCCACGGGACACAACUGUGGCCCCCACGUGACGCAUUGGUGGCCCCCGUGACCAAUCAGUGGCCCUCACAUGACACCAAUAGCCCCCACGUAACACCAAUAGCCCCCUCCCCUCGUGACACUAAUAGCCCCUACGCUUAGAUUAAUAAAACCUAGAUGGAUAGUCUUCAUACAAACGCUUCGUCAAGAGUGAGGCAAAAAUCUUAUGUCAUUAGUGUCAAUUUUGUUGGGGAGUGUAGACAGUGAAGGCGAUUUUCCCGAAAGUAGGGAAAUUUUUAAUACGUUUUUAAUUAUUUUAUAAUUAAUAAAACAAAACGCAUCGUGUACUUACUUAUUUAUUGAAUUCAAAGUAACCUACCUAAUAACAAUAAGAUAAAUCGACUUAAGUCUCGAUUUCAUAAAAAAGAAAGUGUAUUUGUACGGCGAACAAUUGGGAAAUAAAUUUUCUUGUUACUGGUAUCAUUCCCGUAUUUAAUUUUUGAAAGCCAAAUUCAAGCAAAAUACGCGUCGAAUUGUAGUACUUACUUAUGAAAUGUAACACUGGUCACUUUCUUUCGUUUUUCUGAUGUAUUUUAGACACCCUUUCACAGCACAAACCAUUUUAAUUAAUUAAAAUUCGUCGGACGUGUUUACCAAUUUUUCACUUUGACAGUUCAUGUGACGUUUACGGGUAAGCCGUGCCGGCUCCCUAAAAACUGCCUCACCUUUCGUGCACUGACUAUCUAUCUAGGUUUUAUUAAUCUAAGCCCCUACGUGAUACCAGUUACCCCCAUGUGGCACACUGGUGGCCCUACGUGACCCACUAGAGAGAGGCCCCCUUAAGAGACUAGACAGUGGCCCUCGUGACUUUUAGUAGCCAGCCAGCCCCCAUGUGACACAUAGAAAGCAGAGGCCUCUAUCUAUUCAGUUCCUAGCUCCGCAGUCUCAUCGUCGCAUUACACAGCUCGACAGCGCUCUGCAAAUGUUCAGUAUGCUGUGCGAAGUUCAGCUGGCACUCGUCUCUCGCGGCACGCGCGUCGGGCGCACCGGGGGCCACCACGUGACACAACUGUGGCCCCCACGUGACAUACUAGUGACGCACCCGUGACUUGUUAGUGGCCCCCGUGUGACACAGCAGUGGACCCACGUGACAUCCGUGGCCCCCCACGUGACACACUAGUGGCCCCCCACGUGACGCACCAGCGAUGACACCCGAGUGACUAAUCAGUGGCCCACAUGUGGCACACCGGUGGCCCCCCUUAAGACACUAGAUAAUGGCCCUCGUAAAAAUCAGUACGUAGGAGCCCCCAUGUGACCUACAGUAUCCCCCACAUGUCAUACAGCAACUAGUAGUCCCUCUAUCUAUCUGUUUCAAGUCUCAGCCACAUCGUCGCAUUACACAGUUCCACAGCGCCCUACAAGUGUUCAGUGUGCUGUGCAUAGUUCAGCUGGCACUCUUGUCUCUCAAGGCACGCGCGCAAAGCUCAUCGGGGGCCCCCACGGGACACAACUGUGGCCCCCACGUGACACAUUAGUGGCACCCACGUAACGCAUCACUAGUCCCCAUGUACAAUAUCAGUGGUCCCCACGUGACGUUUUUUUUUUUUUUUUUAAUUUUUUUUUUUAUCCACAACGAUUUAGUAGCAGUGGCCCCCAUAUGACACCAGUAUUCUACGCCAAACCACAGAAUAAUAAUAAGUACUACGUACAGAAGUUUUACUUCGUGAAGGUAUUUAAAAAAAUGUAUGCUCAAUGUCAUUAACAAUAUGGUGUAAUUUAGCCUGUCUCAAGAGUCAAGCACCAUUUUGUUGACAAACGUCAGUGAUCGGCACUGCGCCGAAGCUAUAGGCACAACUAUAGGGCUGACUUCGGUAAAAUGAUGUGACGUGAGGUGCCAAACUGCGGAAAAUGGCGGAGGAAAUACAUGAUUUAGCAUGAAUUAUCAUGAAUAAUAUUAACUACUUAUUUACCUCUCAGUGUCUUGAGGCAAUUUAAAAUAGUACAUUUUGUGUUUUUCUUAUUAUUUAGGCAGUUAAAUACUGCACAGUACUUAGUACACCAUUUUCUUUAUUUUCUUCCAUCAUACACAAGAAUACGCGUGCGUGAGUCAAUGUUCGCUCGUAUGUGAGGCCUUGUCGAAUAGUAUCCUGUAGGUGGGCCAUCGUGCGUGUUUUGUUUUCGAUGUAAACUCGCGGAGAUGAACAGGCCUGGCCAAACUGACACGUAGACGUGACCCACCAGUGGCCCCCAUGUGACUGGAAGCAGUGCCCCAAGUGACAAUUAGUAGUUAGUAGCUAGUGGGCCCCAUGUGAUAUUGAAUAAAAGCAGUGGCCCCCUAUCUAUACUCUCUUCUAAUGUUCAAGUUAAGCAUACUUGGCACCUAGGUCAAAGAGGCCGCUAUGUGACACGUCACAGUAUAAUUAUUUUGUAAGUAAUCAUUCGAAUAAGAAAGUGUGUGUGACUGUGAUAUUUUGUAUACACUGUGAAUAAAAAAAUGCAUGCUAA